AUCUAAACAUUAUUGGUGACAUCAACAAUGAUCAGCUGACUUGCCUCUCAGCUGUGGUUGGCUGCUUGAAUAAUUUAUGCUCAUGGCCUCUGAGUCGCCCAAAGACCACCAGAGACUACAACCAUGUCUGUGAUGAUUUUUUCACUGAGGAAAAUUUCAGGUGAUUUCUUCCAUCCCCUUGCAUUAUGGUAUAUUAUUAUUAUAACAUUGUAGGAUGCUAUCAAUAAAUCUGUUUUAACUUAUAGGGCUAAGUGUUGGUGUUGUGUUUUUGUUUUUAUUUAUAAACCAAAUUUAUUUUCUGGAUGACAUAAAUAUGUCUACAAAAAUAUUUUUACUUUCAAAAAAAGAGUUUUUGCUUUUCCUGAGGAACUCACUUAGCUUUCACUAUGAGGAAUGCACUUAGUUUCUUUAUUUUACUUUAGGCAGAAAUAAUGCAGGAAGUUUGUAACAUUUCAAAGUUUAUAAAAAUCAAUAUCUUUAUCUAAACCAAUGCUGUCAACUUUAUCAGAACAUGAUAUGCCGCUUACACUCGAUUAUAUUUGACAUUAUUUGACAUUUAUUUAUUUUAAAAAAUCUUCUUGAGGUCACAGAUAUUUAUAAUUAAUUUGUCUGGAUAUUUUGACAUAUUUUUUUUAAAGAGAUACUUCUUUGUAUCUUGACACUUACUUUGCAUGCCUGACUUUUACUGUACUGAAAUUAUUUUUUUUGGCUUAGAAGUCAAGUUCAAGGCCUCAGACACCACCAUGGUGUUUACUUGUGGGAAAAAUCUGGGCCUAAAGUUAUGGCACUGUUCAGACAAAUUGCUCAGAGGGUGGCAAUGAACUGCUCAAAAAAUACAAAGGCCAAUAAUCCAACUUCAAAAGGGGAAGAAACCUCCAACUCAACAUCACUGCUAGGAAUAUCUCAGCAAGAAAUGGAACUUUUGAAACAGCUUCUCAACUAUCUCACUCUGAUGUCUGUCAUUUCAUGUUCUUUUAAAAAACCACCAACCACAGAAAAGUGUUUGGACUCCCAUGAGGGAACCAAUCAAAGCUCAAAGAAAAGAUUGAAAGAGGAACUAGCAGAAAAACAAAUUUUUGCUGAGAAGAGGAUUUUGCGGCGAUCUUUAGUGGAAGAGGGAAUUUUUUACUUAGUGGGACAAGUGAUGCCACUGAAUGAUGUUCACUUAAAGGUAUGUGACGGUGUUGUAAUAAUUUAUGUAACGGUUUGUCAUAAAUUAUUUGUUAUGAUCUCCUUCAUAUUGUCCUUUUGAGUUCUGUUAUUCAUUCUUAGAUAAGUACGUAAUGCCUAUACUUUUUACAUUUUUAAAUUUUUAUUUAAAAAAUGCCUCAACAGAUUCAAGUGUCAAAUAAUUUUUUAUAAUAUUUCUUUUUUAAAAUUACAGAUUAUGGGUACAACAAUUCUUCGUCUAUGUCUUCAGCCAACAGAUGGUAAAGCUGAGCAGGUUGCCCAAAUAAAUGCAGUAAAAGAUAGGUAUAGCUCAUAACGAUAAUGAUGAAUCAUAUUUUCAGUUUGUUUUCACAGACAGCAGAUUCAUACCAAUGAUAGGGGAUUGGGGGGGGGGGGAUUUGCCCAUUGAACAUGUAAGUUAGCUGAGGGGUUUGAAUAAGGAACUGUAGUAGAGGCUUGACGGGCUAGCAGAUCAAGUAUAUUCUUUGUUAUUAUUUUCUUUAUGAUAUAUCAAACAUGUGAGAAAAGCUGCUCAUUAAUUGUGAAUAUCUGACUUCUGUUAGAAAUGUUAAAAAAGACAUACACUUAAGUAGGGCAUGUGAAUAUUUCCUAUGGGAGUAUAAAUAUUAAUGUAUGUGUACCGGGUAUGAGACAUGUCACAACAGAGAUCAAUGUUUAUAUUUGUUUGUGGAAACUCAUCUUUUGUUUUAUAUUUUUAUAUUUUAUGUUCAAAUCUCUUUUCACUUUACAGUUAUCUAGUGUUUCAACUGACUUAAGUCAAUUGGAUUGAAAAGAAUUGCCCAAAAGAUUUGAAUAACUCACUGAUACUGAAAUAGAAAUGUGAUUAAAUAGUCUGUACUAUUUUGUAAAAUCUUCAACUCAUCAAAAUUUCAGCCUUACCUAAAUCAAAUUUAAAAUUCAGGUGCACAAUUAUGUCAAUAAUAUCUUUUAGUUAAUUGUGUUCAAAAAAAUAAAAAAAUGUUUAAAAGAUGUUUUUUAACCAAUUUUUGAAUUUUUGUUCCUCCAAUGACCAGACAAAGAUCACAUUCUACCACCAUGCCACCCAGGCCCAGCUCUGCGAAGCAUGAGGCUCAGAGAAAGUACAGCAUGGACCAAAGACAACUGAAAUUAAAGCAGAGGCCCCAAAGUUCACAUCCUGUGUUUUCCAAGCCUUCUCAUGACACUGAGUUAAGGUCAGCAGCAGCAAAAAUAAAAAGGUGAACAAAGACCAUAAUUUAAAUUAUAAAAGGAUUGUUUAAAAUUUUACUGCCAGGAAUGUUGAAUUGUUUCACUGAACAUGUGCAUAAAAAAAAAAAUUUUAAGUUAACACUAACAACCAAAAAAUCCCCCUUUCAAGUGUUGAGUUUUCAAGGCAGACAACUCCGACAUCAUACCAAGAAUGCACCAAUUAUACGUGGUUCUGUCCCCUUACUCCAAGAACGAGUAAAAAACCUUUAUUUCAACGUACAACUUCCCCUCUUGGCCCUAUAAGACCGAAAUCAGCCAAUGUCAGCUGGCUUUUGGCUGACGAUGUGAGUAACAGAGCUGAACAGACAGAAAAUAAGGCAAUGAAUACUCUCAAGAAGCCAGGUAAACAAGAUAUUCUCUACUACUUUGUAACAUAAUUGUUUUUGCAUAGUUAUGGUUGUUCAUUUUUUCUCUUGUAGACAAAGCAGAGAAUAUCUUCAUCAAAUUUUUAAAGCAUUUUUAUAUCAUCAAAAGCCUACAUUGUAAUUUAGCUUAUGCAGCAAAGUACCAACAAGAAAUGCAUUUCUUGAGUUAUAGGAUAAGAAAAUAGAAGGGAAGAGUGUUGUGUUCAUAAUAUUGCUUUGUGAGAACUUUGUGAUGUAAAUUAUGUGCCUUGAAAUGUACAGACGUGAGACAUAAGGAAUGGUAAAUGGCUAUUGAAGAGAAAUGAGAUGAUAGGACAUAGAUGUUUUAAGUACAGAAGUGGGAUGAUGGGACCUUGGUUUCUAAAGUAAAGAAAUGGGAUGCUAGGACCUAGGUUUAUAAAGUAAACAAAUGAGAAUCUAUUCUGUGAUCCCUCCAGAUCCAAUGCCCUGUAGAGGUUACAAGAAAUUUUUUAUUUGAAAUCAAAGUUGAAAGCCCUUUUGAAAUAAAACCAUGUGAGGACCACCAAUAGAUUACAGCUGGUCUGAAGUGCCAUGGGAAAUUUACCUGGUAUUAAUGUUGAAGAAUUGAUAUACCGAAUGGGUACCAACAUGUCUAUUUUUAAAGUACUUAAAAUGAAGGGAUUACUUUUGUUUGGCACUGUUAUUUCCAUGGACCUAAUAUUGUAAGUUGCUAUAAUACUUUUCCAAUGAAAUGGGCACCGAUCUGUUUCUUACAGGUACAGUGCCAUUUUCUGAUUACCCGUAAUAUAAAAAAAACAAAAGUCAUUAAACACAGGAAGUAACUCCCUGUUUUUGUACAAGUUAACUCCCUUUUCGUACUAGUAUGUUUUUAAUAAAUAAAACCAUGCGAUUGCCGCUGUGUUUUUGGUGCUUCCAAACCUUAAGUUUAUUUAUCACAAUUCUUCUUAUUACAAGUGAUAUCUAACACAAGGGACCUCUUGAUGUCACCCCUGAACCCGGGCAACAACAUUGUCGCCGACAGCUGCCCCAGGGUGCUGCUGGCUGCUGCCGGGGAUAUUCUUAAGGGAAUCUUCAGUCCAGACAAACAGCUCAAGCGAAACAGUCUGCUUUUGUUACAUGAUUUGGUGCUUCAUGGGAAAGUAAGUCUAUUUAUAGAAUCCUGACAAGUUUUAAUCUGUUGUGUAGUAAUGAGCCCAUUUAGUUCCCAGAAAGAAAGAGCUACAACAGUGCUACUGCUUAGCAUGUUGUUAAGAUUUCAAAUUUUGUGAUGUAACAUGUAACAACAUUAAACAGUGCAGUACUUGCAAAUGGAAGUGUUCAAGAGCUUAUAUUUAACAAUAAUUUAUUUUGAUUAGUAUUUAAUUUUUUUACUCGUGUAAAACUGUGCUCACUUGUACUCUAGUCAAAUAGAGGUAAAACUGUGCUCACUUGUACUCUAGUCAAAUACAGGUAGAACUGUCUUAACUGUUAAAAUUUGUUUCUGUUCCCAGAAUGAACUACAUAUGGAGCUCUCCAAACUUGGCUGUGUUCCUAAACUUGUUGAUUUCUUGAGAAUCAACGAUGAUGACCAACUGAUGGAGAUUACAGGUAACAAUAACCCAGUUUUUAAUUGAUAUGAGUUUACCUAUUUUUUAUAUACUAUGGAGGUGAACUGCACAAGUCUGAAUCAAUGAUUUUAAAACUCAAGGUGUAUUGUAAAUUUUUAAAAAAAUCAACUGAAAAAUCUUUAUUACAAAAUUUAAAAAAAUUAUUAGCAACAAAAUAAAACAUAUUAAAACUGUUGAAUCAUCUUUCCUUAUUCUGCCUGCUUCAUAUUUACAAAAUGGCCCCAAGCAUACAGAAAUUGCCAGCAUUCGUAUCUGUCAAAUAUUCUAGUUGUUGAAUAUUUGGCUCAUUGUCUAGGUUUAUGAAUCUCGCUUUUGUUUAAAUGUCUUGUAAAUCUUGUCACACAACAGACUAGGUUGAUUCAACAAACAAUACGCUUCAAGGUCCAUAAGUCAUUUAUUUGAUGACAGCAUUACUAGAUUAAUGCGUAUCACAGUUAAGUGAACAUGAAUCCAAAAAUAUAUGGCAAUAUUCCAAUCAGCAAACAUAUCCUGACAUCCACUAUCUCCAAAAAAAGGCGUCUCGCUGUCGCGAGUUCUAUCUCUCGUCUACCCUCUGUGAACGUACUCCCCCUUACUCAAACAGUUGUCUCCCCUUUUAUACCCCAAAUCUCAUGCCUCGUUCACUCCACUAUCAUUCGCCCGUGACAUGAAAUUAGUUCACAAUCCGCAUUCGUCCUCAAAUCAACACACACACACUACCUCAUGAUUUCAUGACCUUGACAGUAUCCAUAUCUAACCAAUACUUCCAGUCCGGCUAUCAUAUGCCUUCCAGAAUUACAUUAUGUCCCUAAAAUUAGACUAUUGCAUCCAGGCAUGACCAUAACACAUAUACUUAUAUUACAUAAAGGUCUGACCAUUGCACGCAUACUACUGUCCAGUGAUCGGAGGAUUUGUCAACUCUUCAACUUCCAUGGAGGCUCUGUGAUGCUGAUGGCCCUCCUUCAUGACAAACCAUCAGAUGAGUUGAAGCAGGCAGUAAUGAGCACUCUCAACACACUCAACUACAGUCAGUAG